GUCCGCGCCGCCCGCCCUGCACGCCACCACCACCAUGACGCACCAAUACCCCGCGCUGACGGCCGAGCAGAAGAAGGAGCUGUCGGACAUCGCCCUGCGCAUCGUGGCCCCCGGCAAGGGCAUCUUGGCCGCCGAUGAGUCCGUAGGGAGCAUGGCGAAGCGCCUCAACCAGAUUGGGGUGGAGAACACAGAGGAGAACCGCCGGCUGUACCGCCAGAUCCUCUUUAGCGCCGACAGCCGGGUGAAGAAAUGCAUUGGGGGUGUCAUCUUCUUCCACGAGACCAUGUACCAGAAGGCCGACGACGGCACCCCCUUCGUCCAGAUGAUCAAGGACAAGGGCAUCGUCGUGGGCAUCAAGGUGGACAAGGGCGUUGUGCCGCUGGCUGGGACGGAUGGCGAGACCACCACGCAGGGUCUGGACGGGCUGUCAGAGCGCUGUGCCCAGUACAAGAAGGAUGGGGCCGACUUUGCCAAGUGGCGCUGCGUGCUGAAAAUCAGUGACAACACCCCCUCCGCACUCGCCAUCAUGGAGAACGCCAACGUCCUGGCCCGCUACGCCAGCAUCUGCCAGCAGAACGGCAUCGUGCCCAUCGUGGAGCCGGAGAUCCUGCCUGAUGGUGACCACGACCUCAAGCGGUGCCAGUACGUGACGGAGAAGGUGCUGGCAGCUGUCUACAAGGCACUGAGCGACCACCACGUCUACCUGGAGGGGACCCUGCUGAAACCCAACAUGGUGACCCCCGGGCACUCCUGCCCCACCAAGUACAGCCCCGAGGAGAUCGCCAUGGCCACCGUCACCGCCCUGCGUCGCACUGUGCCCCCGGCUGUGCCAGGUGUCACCUUCCUGUCUGGGGGUCAGAGUGAGGAGGAGGCUUCCAUCAACCUCAACGCCAUCAACACGUGCCCGCUGGCGCGGCCAUGGGCCCUCACCUUCUCCUACGGGCGGGCGCUGCAGGCGUCGGCGCUCAACGCCUGGCGCGGGCAGCAAGACAACGCCACCGCCGCCACCGAGGAGUUCGUCAAGCGCGCAGAGGUGAACGGGCUGGCGGCGUUGGGCAAGUACGAGGGCAGCGGGGACGACUCGGGGGCCGCCGGGCAGUCCCUCUACGUGGCCAACCACGCCUACUGAGCCCCGGCCGGGCGCCCCACCGGCCCCGGC